AUGAAAGAUCGACGACGAUAUGCACCGGUGAAGAGGAAAUAUAAAGAGGAAGGAACAAUGGUACUUUUGAAUGUUGGCCGAGCACUUCUUGCAAGAAUUAUCUUUAUUGUUCAUUCAAUAGCAACUAUCUGGCAAACAGCUGCAAUUCAAGAGGACAAUUCAGUUUGGGGAUUCGCUUUAAUAUCGUUGCUAAUAGUAUUUGAAGGUGCUCAUACGAUAAUUAUGCGUGCUGGUGACGAACGUCGAUGGUUUUCCCCAUCAAUUUUAUUAUAUAUAAUUGCAACUGCACCACCAAUUUGGAUUCUUGAAAAAAAACUAUGCGAAAAACGAGCCACCGAGGAUUCCUCAUUUAAUGAAGAAGAUUUUCGCUUGCAAUUAAUCGAACAACUUCUCCUCGUUGUACUUAUCAUUUGUAGAUGGCUUUUCCCAAAGGGCGAUAUAUCUAGUGAACAACUUUCACAAAUACUUCUCGCAUAUUUAGCAAUAUCGAGUGAUAUCGUUGAAUUUUUUGAUGUUUUCAAAGAGAAAGAGGUUUGGAGUAGCAGUACAGUGCAAAAUUUCAUGUUAUCUGCUUGGACACUAAGUCUUUUACAAUUUCCAUUUGUUUUAACAAUUAGUCGAGCACGAAAAAUGCGAGUGGCAAUAACAAAAACAUAUCACGAACUGAUUAUUGAUAACGACGAAUAUCAAAGAAAAACUUGCAAUGUACUGUACGAUGUUGACAUAUGGGCGAUAAUACUUGCGAAUGCGCUUCAGGAUCUUCCAUUUUUAUCCGUUCGAUUAUAUUUAAUGUUGGCUCAAGGACUUGUAACAUAUACUAUGAUAUUUUUCACAUGUAAAAAUGCCUUGAUUAUUGUACUUCAAACGUACAGGAAUUUCAGGGAUCGCAACUUCCAUGUCUUCCUUUGUCCAUCUCACUAUGCCAGAAGAUUGUCUGGCUAG